AUGUGUAUCCAUCUCCUUGUCCUCGCUCUGUGCCUGACUCCAUGCCUUCCUCAGUCCAUUCUACAAACUCCCCCAAUGAUAGUUGUGAGCCCUGGGCAGCCGGUGAAGCUAAAUUGCACCUCGACAGCUACUGGAGAUCCCUAUAUGUAUUGGUAUAGACAGCCGAUGACCAGAGGGGCUCUUGUGUUCAUUGUCUUAUCUGUUAGUAAAGGUUCGGUGGAAGAACUAACACUCAAACAUUUCAAAGCUGAGAGAAGAAAGGACAAAGAAGCUGAAUUCACCUUGGAAAGCGAUGAGAUUCAGGCUGAAGAUGCAGGGCUCUAUUACUGUGCGUGGAGUAUCACAGAUGUAUAA